AUGUAUAUUAUUACAAAAAUUCCAAAUCGUAAGUUUUUUCUCAAUGUUUUCUUUUGAACAAAAUAUUUCAAGACUUGGAAAUAAUGCAGUGGCUAUUGUAAUGGUAACAGAUCAAUGGAUUAAUAAUAUUACUGAAACUCCAAUAACAAUAAUUGGUAAGAAUGGAACUUCACGAGAAAUAUCGGAAACUAGGAAUCAAAUGUCAGUUUUCAAAAUUAGAUGUAAAUUUGAAUAAUGAUAAUAUUUAGGGAUGGUGUAACAACUUGUCGAUAUAUCACAACUGUUGCAUUAACAAAUACUGUAGAGAAUCCGGAAAGUUUAGAAAUUCAGUCAAGAAAUGGAGAAAUUAUGAGUGUUAGUUAAAUUUUGAAAUAUUUUCAGACAACAAAUAUUGUUUCAAUAUUUUACAGAUACCUUUUAAACACGCCAAAACAACAGCUCCAAGUAAAGUAAUGAUUUGUAUAUCUCCUCAAUUUGCUGCUGAACAAUGGCAAUUAUUUAUAAUGCAUGUUCAUAUUUCUAGACAUUUUGGAGCUCAUAUGCAUAUUUAUAUAACAUCAAUAAUUGAAUCUUAUUUUAAAAUUAUGUUAGAAUAUGAAAAAGCUGGUUAUGUAACUAUUCAAAAAUGGAUUCGUAUGAAAUUUAUUGAUCCAAAAUCAGAUUAUUUUGAUCCAAAUCCACAUGUUGAAUGGAGAAAUCAAGCUGGAGCACAAACUGAUUGUCUUUUACAAUAUAAAGAAGCUGUUGAUUAUAUCGCAUUUUUUGAUAUUGAUGAUCUUUUAUUCCCAAAAUAUGCUACAAGUUAUUGGGACGAAAUUAAUUUUAGAUUUAGUUCAAGACCAAAUGCAUCAUAUUUAUAUUAUGAAAGACACGAAUAUGAAUUCAUAAAACCAAAAACGGUAGAUCAAUUAAAUUUCCUAGAAAUCAUGAGAAGUAUGAAACCUGCAUGGUUCAUAAAACCAGGAAAAUUCGUUAUUCGACCAGAAUAUUAUAAUACAACAUGGAUUGAGUUUAGUGGUAGACUUCCACAAGACAGCAGGUUAAAAUUGAAAUUGAAAUAAAAAUUAUCGGUUUUCUGUUCAGAGUUGAAGUAGAUUCUCCACAUUUAAUUCAUGUUCAAAAUCAAAAGCAACAGGAUUCAAAUGACACAAUCAAAAACUCGUUAAAAAUUACAUUUGAUAGAAUGGAUGGAAAAUUGAAGGAAAUGGUUGCUUCGGUAAUACAAGAAGAUUUUUUGAAGCGAGUGAAAAAAAACAUAUUUUUUCUAAACCGACAGAACAUUUUUCAGAAUCAAGAAAAACAUGGCCAUAAAAUCAACAGUUCUACCCGAUGCUGAUUUCUAUUUUCCAAUUAUUGAAAAAUGUUAUCAAUCUCUAAAUUCAAGCAAAAAUCAGAAAAGUAAUAAUUUUGGAACAUGCCCGAAUGCUGAUGAAUGUUAUCUUCCACAACGACAAGAAUAUCCCUGUAUACAUUCUGAUGCAAAUUAUAAAUCAGGUCCGAAAAUGAUCCCAUUCAGUUUUCAUUAUGCUACAGAUAUUACGUGGUCUGACAAAAUUGGAUGUUAA